CAACAGAGAAGAAAAUAGAAAGAGAGUAACAGAAUCACCAUUCGCAUUCACAAAGCAAUGAGACGAAGACACAAGAAUGACGUAGAUAAACAAAAACACGAAUCUAGAGAUUCUCGCAAAUCUGAAUCAGAUUAUUCGGCGUCGUUCUUCUCUUCAGAGAAACGAGUGUUCUUCUUUUGUUUGGUGUUUCGAAUGCUGAACUCUCUUUUGGUGCAGACAUACUUCAAUCCAGAUGAACAUUGGCAGGGACCCGAGGUUGCGCAUCGCAUUGCGUUUGGGUACGGCCAUUUAACGUGGGAAUGGAAAAGGGGCAUCAGAAGCUACUUACACCCGGUGCUCUUCGUUCCGCUCUAUAGGUUUCUUGCCUUUCUGAAUCUUGAUACCGCUUUGAUUAUGAUGAAGGCUCCACGGCUGCUGCAGUCUGUGUUUGCUGCAGUUGGUGAUUUGUACUCAUACAAACUUUCUGCAGUUCUCUUUGGUGACAAUGUUGCAAAAUGGGCUCUCUUCUCCCAGUUGGCCAAUUGGUUUAUGUUCUAUUGUUCUGUUCGCACGCUAUCAAACAGCUUGGAGACUGUUCUUACAGUUGUAUCUCUAUACUUUUGGCCCUGCAUGAGAUCUUCUAGUAGAAGUUCCACUGUUUCAAGGAAGUGGGGUUUAGUUUUGGCAGCAUUAGCUUGUGCGAUCCGACCAACAAGCGCAAUCAUAUGGCUGUAUGUUGGCCUACUUGAAUUUUCAAAGGCGCGCAACAAAUUGAAACUCCUUUUUUUGGAGGUCGCACCCAUUGGGAUGCUGGUGCUCGGACUUACCUGCUUAUUAGAUCGUAUCAUGUAUGGCACAUGGAUUCUAGUACCACUUAAUUUUCUAAAAUUCAAUUUUCUUUCUUCGGGUGGAGACUAUUAUGGAACUCACAAGUGGCACUGGUACUUCACUCAGGGAUUUCCAGUGAUGAUCUUCUCUUUCUUACCAUUUUGCUCAGCUGGUAUCAUUUAUUCAAAACAGUGGAGAUAUGCAUGUCUUCUUGCUUGGGUUAUGGGUUUAUACAGUGUACUAGGUCACAAGGAGUUCAGGUUUGUGUUGCCCGUUCUUCCCAUAGCUCUGAUCUUCUCUGGUUAUUGUUUGGCUGUGAUAGAAGAUCCUGGCUUGCCCGGUUAUAAAGGAAAAGAAUCUCCAAAGAAGCGUACCAAACGUUCUCUGAAGUUGAUACUUGCCGUCAUAUUUUUGCUUGCUACCAAUAUUCCAAUGGCCCUGUAUAUGAGUUUGGUUCAUCAGAGGGGACCUGAGGAUGUUAUGAACCACCUUGCCAGAGAAGCUCGUGAUGGGAAAGUGAAAAACAUCCUAUUCCUAACUCCUUGCCACGCCACCCCGUACUACUCCUUGCUGCAUCACGACCUGCCAAUGCGAUUCCUGGACUGCACACCAAGCGAAGAGAGAGGAGUUAUUGAUGAAUCUGACCGUUUUCUGAUGGAUCCUGUUCCAUUUCUAUUGGAAUAUGCGAAAAAUAUGUCCCUGCCAAGCCACAUUGUUUUAUUUGAUUCGGAAGAACAAAAAUUGAACAACUUACUAAAUUCAUAUGGUUAUAGAGAGGAAAGAAGAUUUUUUAAUGCUCACUUCAAGGUGGAUCGCGAACUUCAAGCAUCGAUCGUUAUCUACGUCCAUAUAGGGCGGUGAAUAAUUAUCCGUCAUGCAUAGUUUUGGACUCGCUAUACACUUGAAGGUGUCAUUUCUUCAGAUUUCUCUUGAAAAUUUUGACAUUUGUGAUUUGAAAUUUUUGUACAAUAGUGUAUUUCUUGCCUCCGAAAUUUGCACUGGAUAGUUUGUAAAUUCCUCCCUAACACAGUUAGAGAUGAUCUCAAGUUUUGUUUUUCAAAGGAGUGUAAUGAGGAUGUAUCAAAAUGACUAGUUUGUUAUCAA